AAGAGCCGCUUCAAAAUCAUCACUGGAUUCAGAUCACCUGAAUGCUUCAGUCUGCUGGUAGCGGCCCUUCCGGCUCCGCAGCAGGACUGUGGCUGUUUCUUUAAGACAAGACUCGAACUUCUCCCACGUGGCGGGGGGGUGUGUGUGUGAAAUGAUUGCAGUUCCAGAUACAGCACUGCGUUGCUUUCGUUUCCAGCUUGGCAGAUGCCGCGAGAGAGAGGGCACAUUUAUCAGUCGGGGACGGAAACAUGGUUCUUUUCCAAAGUGCACCGAAAAGCGAUGGGAAAACUCUCCUAUAGCCAGAGUUAGCUGUAACUCUUUAUAAAACUCCUUUUAGAGCCAGAGUUAGCUGUUCAGCUUGAUAGUUACAGAAGUAGUCACUUACAAGCUAGCACAAGCGGAAUGAGAGCUGAUCACGCCCUGAAACCUGUGAAACUUCUGGGAAGGAGAAAUCAACUACGGCAAAGAUGAAAAUUUCCUCAUUCGGCUGCAGCUCCAGAACCAGCUCCGCUCAGAUGGGUUUGAUCAUUUUCCCCAUUAUUUGUCACAUCCAGAAGCUGGAAUCAGCCCAGUUCGCAGUGGUGGUCCCUGAUCAUUCAGUCACUGCUAUCGUGGGUGAGGAAUUUGUUUUACCCUGUCACCUGUCCCCCAGGAUGAACGCUCAAAACAUGGAGGUGAAAUGGUUACGACCUCAUCUCUCGUCAGUCGUGCAUCUAUACCGUGAGGGCAAGGAUCAGAAUGAGUCUCAGACCCUACAAUAUCAGGGAAGGACAGAGUUUUUGAAAGAUGGCCUCUCCUCUGGGAGUGUCGACUUGAAAAUACACAAUAUCAGACCCUCUGAUGAAGGAUUGUACAGAUGCUUCAUUCGAUCAAGUACCUUUUAUGGAGGAGCCCUGCUGGAACUGAAGGUAGCAGGUUUGGGCUCUGAUCCCCACCUCUCUGUUGAGGGUUACCAGGAUGGAGGGAUCCGAGUGGUGUGCCAAUCGGCCGGGUGGUACCCAAAGCCUGAAGUGCUGUGGCGAGAUCUGGGCGGGCGACGUUUGCCUUCAGUCUCUGAAACAACAUCCCAAAGGGAUAACGGCCUGUUUGAAACGCAAACAGCUUUCCUGAUCACAGAACGUUCAAACCAGAACUUGUCGUGUUGUAUCCGGAACACAUUCCUCAACCAAGAGAGAGAAUCAACAAUUUAUGUAGCAGAUUCUUUUUUCCCCAAAGUCUCCCUGUGGAUGGUCUUUCUGUGCGUGAGCCUGGUGGUUUUGUUUGUUUCCAUUGGCCUGAGCCUCUAUCUCUGUAAAAUUAAAGAGAAACUUGUAGCAGAACUUAGAUGGAGAAGAGUCCUCACACACCCAGUGAAUGUGACUCUGGAUCCGGACACGGCUCAUCCCCGACUCAUCGUUUCUGAGGAUCGGAAAAGUGUGAGGCAGGGAGACAUCCAGCAGGAUGUGCCUGACAACUCUGAGAGAUUUGAUUAUGAGUGCUGUGUGCUGGGCUGUGAGGGAUUCACCUCGGGUAGCCAUUACUGGGAGGUGGAGGCAGGGGAUGGGAAGUACUGGGCUGUGGGGGUGGCCAGAGCGUCUGUGAGCAGGAAGGGAGAGUUCAUGUCUAACCUAAACCCUGAGGUGGGGAUCUGGGCUGUGAGGCUGUAUGGGGGUCAGCACCAGGUUCUCACCUCCCCAAAGAUUCCCCUGACCCUGAAGCACAGCCCCAGCAGGAUCCGGGUUUGUCUGGACUAUGAACGGGGGCAGCUGGCAUUUUUUGAUGCUGAUAACCAGGCCCCGAUCUUCACUUUCCCGCCGGCCUCUUUCACUGGAGAGAGAAUCCACCCCUGGCUCUGGGUCAGGGGGGGAUCCCAGCUCAGCCUGCGUCACUGAGGCACGGGGGGAAAUAUCUGACUGAACUCAGAAUCCCUCUUGUCUAUGAGCUGGGAGGCUCCGUGGGGGUCUCUGGUCUGUAAACACCAUAGCGAGCAGGAUGUCAUCAAGAAGAAGACGCCAAGCUCAUUAUCCCAGUGAUUGUUCAGUGUAUUUGACUCUGUUCUGUAUGAUCCAGGAGGACUGUAGCCAGGCCCAGCGACUGACAGAUGGGAACCCAGGGAAGGGGGAAAUGAAAGUGAAGAGAAGUGAAAAGGAAAGAGAAAAAGGAGGGUGACAGUGAAACUGGUAAAUCCUAUUGAAAGUGACUGUGACCCCCUUCAUCAGCUUGCUGCUUUGGUUCAUGAAAAGGGGGGCCUUAAAAAUGCUUUGCACAAAUUUUGGUCACAUUUUCUUUUCUCAUUAAAUAAUCCCUUGCGCGUUACAUGACGGCCUCAUAUUUACAGUAAACAACAAUUUUUGAUAAAUAGAGUGUCCCUGUCUGCUUGGUGAUUCUCUCGUUUUCAUGAGUUGUUUAUUCCUGUGAAUUUUUUUUUUUUUUUGGGAGGGAACAGGUAGCAUCAAGGGAUUUGAGCCCUCACUGAUCAAAAUGCCUCUAGGAAAAGCCUGCAUGUGAAUCGGAUGGGUCUGUCAGCAUUACAAAGUGAUGCAUUUGCUUCUGCAC